AUGAAUCGCACCGCAUACCAUGAUACAUUCUGCACGCCAACCAAUUUCACAUCGGCUGAUUUGUUGAUGUGGCUUGGCUUACUUUGGGUGUUCGAAUCUCUCAGCACUCAUUUGACUGAGGAAAUGUCGGCCGAAGACAGCUUUUCACUAUCUGUUACACCAAAGGAUGUGCUUUAUAUUAUGUUUUAUCGACGUGCAGACAGCCGUGUAUCCGGUGGUAAUGCAGUUAUCCAGCUACACAAUGACGGAAAGUGUAAAUUACACUACAAGCUGGAGUCCAAUUUACCCGAAUUGUACUAUUUUCAACCUCGCUAUGACUGCCUCAUUCCGGGGCAACAUGCAAAUAUUGUUGUGUAUUCACUCUCGUACCAUCUUUCUCAUCCUUCAAACGGUAAGCAAGAGAUACUAGUUAGAAGCAUGAAAGCGAAGAACGCAGAAGAGGAGUGCCUAAGUCAACUGUGGCAGAAUGCCAACGAAUCACAAAUGCGGACACAUAAACUCAAGUGCAUCCCGUUUGUGGAUGGGGAUGUGGUUAUCGAACCGAACAGCGAGCUUGUGUUUGAUGGUCCAUACGCUUUACCGUUUUCCUCCGAAAUCCUCCUAACCAACACCUCAACUGAUUCUGUAUACUUUGAUACAUUAACAUCAUCUACUAAUCUAACGGUCUUUCCACCCGAAGACACGAUAUGGCCAAAGCAGUAUUUUGUUUUGCUUGUCAUUCGGAAACCGAUGGAAGCAGCUACUGCCAUUGCAACUAGCGACACAAUUACAAUACGGACAGCAAUGUUUCCUUUCGAUAAAAUGCGGCCUACAAGAGAAAUGUGGUCCGCUGCCCCGAAAAAGGAUACCAUAAUCAAGUGUGUGUACAAAACACCAGAAACGAGUCCGUCUGUCAUGGAAUUUAAAACAGUGAAAAACUGGGAUGAGCUUUUGGUUCAACGCCACAGAAGGCUUGUGACACUACCUUUAUGCGACAAUUCUGCUGCUUUAUUUGGUAAACUUUCCCCCCCUUCUUUCCGUUUAUAGUUUGCUUUCGUGUUACAUUUUUCCUCUAGGUAUUGGUUUCUUGAGAAUCUCGGUUGUCA